AUGCAAAAAACAAGUCUAUUCUUCUUUUUACCGUUACAAUUAUUUGCCGCAACACUGUCUUUUUAUCUUUGUCUUGCACUUGUUCGAAAUGAUCUGACUAUUGAGCAGAAGAAUCGUCGCUGGGUUUCGAUUGUUAUUUGGGUACUGAAUGGUGCUUAUCAAGCGGUGAGAUUGGGAUUAUCGAGUAGUUCUGACAAUUGGGGCGUGGACGCUAAUCAGUUGUAUUGUAAAUCGACGUCUACGACACAGAAUUGGUGGGCGUUUUUGAUACCGACUAUGAUAAUGACUUUCUUUGCUACGAUUUUCACUUCUAAGCAUAAGAGAAGAUUUACACGAAAACAAAGUCGAAGAACAGCAAUAGAAUUAGGACAAGCUAUUAGGCUUUUAGUUUGCAAUCUUGUUUAUAUCUUGCUCCUUUUAGUCUCUUCUGUUCCAAGAAUGGUGAAACUUGCCAACAAUAUCCCGGAUGAUGAGAAACUCACAAUUGCAGAAUAUUCCGGGAGCAUAAUCGGAAUAUGCCUCUUUUUGAUAUUCGGAACAAAUCGUUCAGCAGCUUUAUGUCUUCCAUGUUUUUAUUACGAAACUACUGAAUCACUUUUAAUUAAAAACACGGUUAAAUUACAAAAAAAGGCCAAACAUGACACAAUUCAAAUAGCAACACCUACACACAGCAAGCAACCUCAAAAAUGCAACAACUCGGAAACAUUAGAACUCGAAUACGAUUUCUCCAACAUUACCGAUGUAACUACGGUACGAUCCUCACCAAGUACAACCUCAAGUGGGAUAACAAAUAUGACACAGAGUUGGUACCAGGCUUGA